AUGUCAAACGGAAGUACCGGAAAUGAUGUUUCUGUUGCGGUAGCAUCAAAACCGGAUCCACCUUCACCUCUCGAUACACUGCUUUCCCCAAAGGGCCCAACAUACGACGAACUUUCCCCAAGAGGAUCUGUCGCGGAGUCCGACUAUAACGAUGUAAUCCUUGAUGACGAUCCAAGCUUCUCAACUGUUCCGCUCUCAGAAAAUACCAGCCUUGUCACAGAGCCAGGCGCGGACGAUCCGCUUCCGAAGCUGAACCGCAGGACAACUAUUUCAUCAACACCCUCGAAAGCUUUUUCUUCCUUACGUCAUUUCUCACAUAAGAAGUCUGCUUCGACAAUAACGAUACCAUCUGCUCCUGGAAGUAAUAUCCUUGCGCGUAUCGGAUCACAGGGUACCCGCGAUGAAAGCAGUAUAGAAGCAUUGCGGAGUGCUGGAGAAGGGCAGCAGAAGCUUCACGAAGAGUUUUUGCGCCUUCAUAACGAGCGACGUGCUGAGGCAACAGAAUCUGAACAGGGAGGCAUAGACUGGGUUCUGAUUCCAGUGCAAGGUUUCUGGGGAGCUGUCAUUUCAGAUUAUCAAGGUUUUGCAGCCUCGAAUCCCAAAAAACUAGCCAAAGCGAUCGAAAAAGGGAUUCCGGAUGCACUUCGUGGAAUGAUGUGGCAGUUAAUAACCUUUCCUCACCACGAUUUCUUUACCGAUGGACAGGGCAUCGGCCAAGAACAUCUUUUUAACGUUCUUAAAGCAUACUCAUUGUACGAUCCUCAAGUUGGUUAUUGUCAAGGUCUUCCUUUCGUUGUAGCAGUACUCCUUCUCAAUAUGCCAGACGAAGAGGCCUUCUCACUCCUCGUGAGGUUGAUGCACUCUUAUGAUCUCCGGGGUCAUUUUCUCCCAGAGAUGCCUAAACUGCAGCUCCGACUUUACCAGCGACAACAGUUCGAUCGAUUGAUAGAAGAACUAUUACCCGUGCUCCACGUUCAUUUCCUUAGACAAGGCAUUAAAUCUAGCAUGUUCUGCUCGCAGUGGUUUCUAACGCUCUUCAGCUAUCGGUUUCCACUAGAAAUUGUAGUCCGGAUAUAUGACAAUUGUUUGGCCAGUGGCAUAGAAGCCAUCUUUGCAUUCAGCAUCGUGCUGCUCCAGAAGAAUGAAGACGAGCUACUUACCCUCAAAUUUGAUGAUAUCCUCGCAUUUCUGAAGAAUAAGAUUUUUGAUCGGUACAAGAUCGAGCCUUCGGAAUCACCUGAAGACCACAUCACUGGUUCCGAUAAGAGCGUUAAGUAUGAUGUGGAUGCGUUCGUGGUGGACGCCAUCUCUAUGAAGAUCACGCCAUUCAUGUUGGACACUUACUCACACGAGUAUGAAGACCUUGUUCGGACCCGAGAUGCGCAUGCCAUCGAAAUCGAUACCUUGCGAAACAAUAAUCGCAGCUUGUCCGCGCAAGUGAAAGAACUUGAUACGAAUAUGGCGCAAUUAAAUGCAGAGCACGUCGAAAUCCUUAACCAGCUUGUAAUGGCUCGGCUACGAAACGAAGAGCUUGAAGAAGAAUUGUUACGCCGAGGCCAUGCACGAGAAUCAGGACUCCCUAUCAUCUCAUCGCUUGUCAUCUCCUCGGGCUAG